UGCUUCCGCGGAUAUGUUUACAAAACAGUCUAGCUUGGGUCGUUAUUAGUAGGCUUUCAGUGAAUUUUAACAAAUAUUCUGGGCAGGCAAAAUUUAUAGAAAAUGACUAAACUACAGCUUUUGAAUGCUUACCUCACCGAGCGGUUAAUGGUGGCUGUAGAUGAGAUACUGGAGGUGGUCGGGGGGACAGUGUCAGAAUUCGAGGAGGAGACUGCCCGUACGAAGAGAGAGAAUGAAGUCCUAAAACGAAGGUUACGAGAAGUUGGACUCGACACGGGAACGGAAUGUUCAGCAGUCUCGACCAGGCCUGUUUCUCUCUCUAUGUCUGGGCAGCACCAGUGGAGUUCCGACCAGGGUCCAGACCUUGAGUCUACACAGACCCAGAACCACAUGGUAAUGAACCAGGAUAAGAUGCCUGCCACACAUAGCCAGCUACCCACAGAGUGCACCGAGUGGAAGAGUCUGUGUAACUCUCCACAUACCCUGUCCUCACAACAGACCGGUACAUCGGCUACCACACCAGUAGUAGCUCCAUUGACUUCAGCGUCCGUGAAAAGUGACUUGGACGAAGAAGACGACCAGCAUCUCCUUCCCUCUGCAUAUCCCUUCAGCAGCACAUCAUGCCCCGUGGACAGAGUGGUUUUACACUAUAACUCUGAGGGCAUCAAAACAGAGCCUAGUGAUACUAUCCCUACUGACUUGGGGUCAGUAUCUGCUCAGAUGGGGUGUGGUGAACUAAACCCCAGUUCGGACCCUGGACCAGCCACUGUUGAAACCAGGUACACUGUUUCAGACCUGAGCGCUGACCUGGAAUCCGUGGUUGCAGACAGCAGCAGGUACGGUGCCUCUGCCUCGGGCGUCGCAACUGACCUGGUAUCAGCUAGUGCGGCCGUGAUCCCAGAUGGCUUUUUCCGUCAGAUUGGCAGCGAUGGUUGUGUAACAACAGGGCCAGAACUAGACUUCGGGGACACCACCAGUGCCGUAGGUCCCUUGACCUCCCUGUUCUAUCCGGGUCAAACCAGACGUCAACCACCAACAAAUAGGUCAACAAAUAGGGGUCAUCAACAAAUAAACAGGUCCACAAACAACAGGGGGGAUCAAAAGUCCCACCCGUGCCCUCAGUGUGGUAAGAUAUUCAGCCACGUGUCACGCCUCAAGAUCCACCUCCGCAUUCACACAGGGGAGAAGCCGUACGUUUGUGCACUGUGUGGCAAGCGAUUCAACAACGAUGGCACGCUGAGGAACCACCGGCGCGUCCACACGGAGCUGCGGCUGUACGGCUGCCCCGUCUGCGGCAUGAGCUUCAAGGACGCCUACACGUGUAGGAAGCACCAGCGCGUUCACAAUGGAAUGCGGCCUGCCGGAGGCGGGGCCCACACCUGCAGCCUGUGUGGCAAGGCUUUCAGUGAGGCGGCUAAGCUGACCAAACACAUCAGGACUCAUGUGUCGGACAUUGGGUGAGGGCAGUACAACCUAUAAAGACUUUUUUUUAUAGGGUACAUAAAGGCUUUGUAAGCGCUAUAUAAGUGCUUCACGAAUGAUCUAUAAGCCUAUGUCAUAUAACUGUAAAUGGUGUAUAACGGGUGGCAUAACAAUUCCCACUGUAGAUUUUAUUGCCAAAUGUAAAUUAAUAAACCAUUUAUAGAUUAUGACAUAUAAUUAUGAUUUGUAAAAGCAUUUAAGUAGCGCUAUAUAAAGCCUUUAGAUGUUUUUCUUUGCCACGGAGCUCCCGAGUGGCGCAUCCUGCUAAGGCACUUCACCCGACGUGCAGAGGGGCGUCACUACAGCCUGACGUGACCGGGAGUUCCAAGGGCAGUGCACAAUUGGCCUAGCACUGUCCGGGUUAGGGGAGGGUAGGGUUGGCAGGGGAUUCCUCGUCAAUUGGCCUAGCACUGUCCGGGUUAGGGGAGGGUAGGGUUGGCAGGGGAUUCCUCGUCAAUUGGCCUAGCACUGUCCGGGUUAGGGGAGGGUAGGGUUGGCAGGGGAUUCCUCGUCA